AUGGAAGCUGAGCGACUUGUAUUCUUUCGUUUCCUCCACGGCACGACUGAUAUUGCUGCUGGUGAGUCUGAUGAGGCUAACAAGGAAGAGGACCCGGUUCCAUUAAUGUUUGCGACCUCAACUACAUCACUUUCAGCUACACAAGAAGCCAUACUUGAUGGAAGUGAUGAUUUUAUUGCAGAAGAUAAGAAGCAAGAUCCGUGCGGGAGCGCCCCGCUUAUUGAUCAAAUUGAUUCCUCGGUGUUUCGACGUGUGCAUUUAUCUGAUGCUUGCAACAGCAUAGAUGAUCGCAACCUUUACGAAAAAUGCAGCUCAUGGGGAAAAACAAGAUGUGGCACGCAGGUAGGAGGUCUGAUAACGGUAUUGAUUUCUGGGCAAGAUCUUUUAAGGAAAAGCCUGGCAAAUCACAGGGUUCCCCCUUCCGUCGAUGAUAAUGCAUGCUCACAGGAUAGGAUGACCUCGUUACCGCCUCCAUCAGUAUCAAAGGGUCAUUUUAACAAUGUUUGGAUAUCGCAUGAAAUACCAGGAACUCCAUUACGUGAAUAUCUUUCCUCUAAUUCUGACUCUCCCACGGAUGAAAAAAGUCUAAAAGACAUAUCGGCACUACUGCGAGGGGAUGCUUGCGCGAUCGGAAAAAAGGAUUGUGAUCCUGUGGGUCUUCUUUCAUCGUUACCAUGUGAGGAAAAGUAUUUGUUUCCCAUCACGGCACUCCCAGCCGAAGUGAUGUCAAUACCAGAAAUGGUGAAUUUCAGCUGUACCACCCCUGCGGUGCAUAAUGAGAAAGAAGACGGACAAGGAACGGUGAUGCAACAUGUACCGGCAGCAGACGAUCAGCGUGAAAACCUGAAGUCUGCAGCAAGCACUCUAAAUGCCUGCAGGCUGGCUCAUUGGGCUGCGCAUCUUUCUCAAAGACACUCUUCAAAGUCAUCAUCUAGGCUAAUGGAAAAGUGUAAAGACAUGGGAGAAAAUAGAGAUGUUUUGUACCGGGUCGCUUUAGUAACGCGCCAAGAUGCUGUGCAGAACGUAAUGUUGGGGGUCAGUCAGUGGUGGUUACAGCGUCCUAUCUCUCCUCAUGAACUUGGAUACGACUACGGUUUGAAAGAAAACCCACAUGAAUACCUGACACACAAUGACAGAGUUGGGAAGGCAGAGGAUAGAGUUUUGGUACCGAUACAACUUAAGAUUGUCUCGAUGGCUGCAGCACGUGUUUUUUACGUACCAUUGAAGGUAUCCCUGCUGUGUCGAUUCAUGGCAUUUGUAUGCUAUGUACAUGCGUGCUUGGCUUUUUGCUUUACUCUUUGCGAUAACGCUGCCGCUGCGACCUUGUUGCCGUCCAAAGAAAUUGCUGAAUGGUGUAGCCUAACACCUACACAGUCAGAUUAUUCCAAUGACGCGAUGCACCGCACUGGGCCUUUCGCUCGAGCUGACAAAAGCCCUCCCACCCUGAGGAACUUUCUGACUUCACUGCUGUUCGCUUUAAGUAUUGUCCUAGCCAUUCCUUUGCUAAUGUUGAUUAUAUCCGUCACUUUGUUGUUCCGCGUCCUCAACCACUAUGUGGGGCAUCUUUAUCCCAGCCAUCAAUGCACCUUCAUGCGCAUGUUUUCUUUGAUAAAACACUUGAUAUUGUCUUUUAUACCCUUUGAAGCGACUGUGUGCGCGCAUGGAUCGUUACAAAAUCGACUGCGCGAGCGAGCAAGUGCGAUGGAGACCUGCCACUGGCUCUAUCGCCUUGGUGCCGUCUACUCGGGUCAAUUGCAGGCGCUCGACGUGAGCCAUACAGGAAUCUGCGGUACCCAUCUACUUGCCUUCGCCCUUGGCAACCAUUUUGCUACGCACGGCGAUGUAUCAUCUUCACCCAAUCACGUAAGUGCAUUGCGGGCCCUGGAUGUUGCUGGAUGUCUCUUCCUAGAUUUUCACUGCAAUGCAUCCCUGUUGCAGACCGAGCUCGAUGUUCGUCGUUACCUUGGGAUUCCCUGCUCUGCAGCAAGAAAAGGCCUAGGAAGCGAUUCAACUACGGUUGAUGAAAUGCUGGCAUGUAGCGAAAGCCUAAAGAUGCUCUCACAUGCGGGAAGGGCACUCGCAAGACUUUGUUUAGACCAUCGACCAAUGAAAUCAGGUAGAAAGCAUGGCUUGCAACUUAUGAACGCCUCUGGAUCGUCCCUGGAUAGUAAAGUACUCGACGAACUGGGGCAAUGUGCGUUGUUGUAUGAGCUCGAAGCAGCGCAUAGACGCGCCGUUUCGAUUAAAAUGAGUGAUGCAGCUUCAGGAGUUCGCACAGGUGAUCCAUCUUCUGAACCUCCCCUCAUUUCACCGGCAGUCUCCCCGACCUCCUCACUCAUAGCCAUCAACCUCACAAGUUGCCGUAAGGUCCGCAGUGUAAAUGCCCUGUCGUAUAUUACAAGUCUUGUGCAAAUACUUGCACCCUUUACCGAGCUCAACAAUGCCGGGGUGGUGCAUCUUGAUGGAAGUGCAUUUCAGCAGUUAUUGAGCCGUGUAGCCAAAUCAGUCUGUAAAUCAAAUCAUUUGCGUUGCGCUCCUUCUGAUAAAGCGCAUAUAACAGGUAGCAAGGUCGAUAUCAAAUGUGGGGAAGCCGUGGAUGCUGUUGCAUCGCCUCCAUUUGGCACCUCGACUUCUUUUGAGACAUUACUAGGGUGUUUCGUCGACGCUUACGCGGACGGAAAGCAGGAGUUCGUGCAUGGGUUUCCUGAAAUUAAGUCGUCACUUGAGCUUCGCUUUCAAAGUCAUUUGUAUCACCUAGACCUUACCUUCUGCCUGAGGGUUGAAAGUCUUGCGUCUUUGUGUGGGAGGCAGUGGCUGCUGCAUUACCUAAAUGUGAGUCACACAAAUGUCAGGACGACUGGUCUCGCAGAGAUCGCGUCUCUGCAACCACUGGGUCGCUGCGCCCCACCACAUCGCCCUCUGCGUGUGCUGGUGGCGGAAUACUGCAACGUGCUAAACAACCUCGAUGGGCUUCAGUUGUUUCCGUGUCUUACGAAGCUCUACGUGUGGAAUGGUAGCCUGGACGCAAAUGGGCUGAGCGUGUUCUCCAGCCAUGCGACGUGCUUUUCCAACCUCAUCUUUUUGGAUCUGAGCUACUGUGAUAAGGUCGAGGACGUCUCUAUGCUGGCCUCACUUCCCUCGCUGAUGACGCUCAUUCUAGACAACACCGAGAUAUCGUGUGAUGGCAUCAAGGGUCUGAGCAGGUGUCCCGUACUACGGACGCUCUCACUGCGCUUCUGCCCAGACUUUGCUCCGGUCGGCCCCAUCAAAGAGAGGUUGGAUCGAAUGGUCGUGCGCAUUCCAACGCUGCAGAACUACAUUUAUGAGAACCUUGCAUGCGACGAGGUGCCGCGUGAAGAAGCAGAAGAUAUUUGA